AUGAACUACACCUUCGAGUGGCAGGAUUUAGGGGAUUCGGGGAGCACCUUCUCCCCGUUCCGCUGCCUCACCCCGAGCGGCCACCUCCACGCGGAGCGGCAGGUCGAGAUGGGGUUUGAGUUCUGCGCGGAUGAGCUUGGCGUGCGGGAGGCGCGGUGGGCGUUUAACCUGAUCGGGCAAGCCUCCAUUCCCUUCCUGCUCGCCGGUAAGGCGGUCGAUCCGGAGGUGUUUUUGAGCACGAGCAAGGUGAACUUCGGCGUGGUGAUCGUCGGGAGCAGCGCGACGCAGACGGUGAUGCUGGAGAAUCGGGAUCACCUCCCGUUCAACUUCGCCUUCGACAUCCUCGAGGAGAGCGAGGUCCUUAACGUGCUGUCGGUGAAACCAACCUCCGGGGUGGUGGAGCCGAUGGAAAAGGUCGCGAUCUGCGUGACCUUCUCGCCGAACGAGGAGAUGGUGUACAACAUCCCACUCGUCUGCAACAUCAAGAAGUCGAGCACCUCGUUGAGCAUCAACGUCAAGGGCGAAGGCGUCUACAUCCACGACUCGCUCAUGGUGGAAAUCCCUGAAAUCGGGCGAAUGGCGGGUUCGAUGAUCAGCCCUGAUGUCGGCAACGCCGAUCCAAUGCCUGUGACGCGAGGGGAGCCGUUGCAUCUCAACCUCGGGCGCGUCCAGCUCGAUACCUGUGCGAUCCGGCGGUUUGUGCUCUCCAACAACGGCCAUCACCCGUUUAAUUUCAAGGUCUUGGCGCCGCCAAAUUAUCCGUCGGUGUCAUUGGAGAACUGCGAAGGGGUGGUGCCCGCGAAGGAGUCCACCGCGAUCACGCUCACCUACCGCCCGACCGCGGAGGAGACGCUGCAGCGGUAUAAAAUGCGUUUCCGUAUCGCGGAUCGCCCGGCCUAUCAGGUGAUCCUGCACGGCACCGGCUACGUUCCGAAAAUUCAUCUAAGCUUCACCUCGUAUAACUUUGGGCCGCGGUUUAUCACGAUGUACAACCCCAAUCACGAGGUCACCACCACGCUGAACGUGAGCAACACCGAUCGAGAACCCAUCUCCGUUCAGCUGGUCUUCUUCGAGGAUAGCGAGAAGAUCUUCCAGGUCGAGCCGAGCUUUCUCGCGUUGCAACCAAACGAGAUGGCGAGCGUGACGGUGAGCUUUAACCCGAAGGAGGUUCGGGUCUACGAGAAUCGCCUCAAACUCACCGUCAACGGCGCCUUCCCGACGGUGGUUUCCUUCCGUGGGGAGGGGGAGAUCCCGCAUGUGGAUGUGGUGAAUCACUUUGCCAAACUCGGCGUCGCACGGGUCGGGGGCAAGCGGCAGGUGGAGGUGCGCCUGGAAUGUCGAAGCCGCCUCGCCACCCCGGUUUCUUUCGACAACUGCAUCGAUGAGGAUUUGAUCGAGAAAGGGAUUUCCAUCUCGACCGACGCCGCCCCGCUGAACACCCUGCCCUCUUCGUUAGGCUCGACCGUUCACGAAGGGGGGGAGAAGGCGGCGGCGGCGGCGCUCGCGCCGCGCCCGUCGACGAUGCUGCUUCUCAAACCUCGCGAGACGAAAACCGUGACGAUCACGUUUCAACCCCUCCGUCGGAUGGGGGAGUUUCAGCGGAAACUCCGGAUGCAGGUGUGUGGCCGGGAGGCUCUUUUCGCCGUCAUCUCCGGCGCCUGUGAGGGGAGUGAGAUUCACAUCGACACCUCCCACCUCCGGUUUGACGACGUCGUCGUCGGCUCCUCCGCGACGCGGCGGCUGAUUAUUAUGAACAGCGGCGACAUCGCGCAGAAGUUCACCUGGCGCGGCCUCCACCGCGGCGAAAGCGAGCUCUCCGUGCACCCGAUGAGCGGCUUCCUUCGCGCGCACACGGAGGUGGUUUGCCUGCUCACCUACUCCCCGCAACGCGCGGAGAGUGUGCUGCAGCGAAGCUGCGAGAUCGCCUUCGAGGACGCGCCACCGUUGGAAGUGGUGGUGAGCGGGAACGCCGUCGGGCGGCCCGCCGCGAAGGACGUCCUCAGCUUCGCCUGCCGCGCCCGGGAGACCUGCACGCGCGAGGUGAGCUUUGAGAACCCUUUAGGGAAGCCGUGGGCGCUGGAGCCGGUGAUUGACAACGCGUUGUGGUGCGCGCCGCGGCAAGUGGUGGUGAAACCUUUCGCCACCCUCGCCCUUCCCGUCACCUACGCCCCGAUAAAACCCACGACGACGACCGCGGAGGAGAGUGGGGGGGGAGGGGGAGGAGGGCCGAAUGGGAAAGUCGGCGCCCUUGGAGGGGGGGGCGGGGGGGUGGAUCUCGGCACGCUGUUUCUGCCGCUUCCGGAUGGGGCGGGGUUGAGUUACGUCUUGGAAGGCCGCGCGGAGGCCGCCGGUCCGGUUGGGCCCCCCCUCCACGUCGAGGUCGAGGCCAAAACCCCACAAAGCCUGUCGUUGAAGGUGGAGAAUUGGGCGCCAACGCCGCUGCGUUUCGUCCGUGAGGUGAGUUGGUUUCCGGAGCUCGAGGAAGGGGUGAUCAGCCUCGGCGAGGCGACGCCCUCCGGCUCGAGCACCACCACCCUUGAGGUCCGCGCGCAAUCCAGCAAGGAGGCGGUCAUCACCCUCACCUGCAUGCGGGAAGGGUUUUAUCGCGGCACGAUCGCCUUUAACUGCCCGGAAAAACCGGAGAUGCGGCAGUACUACGAGGUCGAGCUGCGGGUGUUGCCGCCGUCGUUGAAGUCGGUGAUCACGACGGAGCUCUACGCGGCCGCGCAGACCGCCGCGGUGCAUCACCUGCCUCUCAGCAACCCCCUCGGCAAGGCGGUCCUCUUCACGAGUCGGGUGGAGCUCGCGACGAGCUCGGCGGGGGGGAAUCCCGCGCUCGUGGACUUUUUUACCGCCCCUUCGUCGAUGGUGGUGCCGGCGAAAAGUGCGGUGAACUUCCCGGUGAAGUUUGUCCCGCUUUUUUGUAAACCAUACCCCUCGGUGCGGUUAAUUCUGUCCUCGGAGGAGCUCGGGGUCUCGCAGUAUCUUUUCAAACUCACCGCGGGGCCGCAGAGUGCGGAGCCCGUGACGCGGCUGGUGUGCCCGCUCGGCCAGUCCGUGACGUUCGUCCUCCGCUUCACCUUCCUCGGGCGGACCUCGACGGAGUUCGCGAUCUCCGUUUCGGGGAGUAAACUCGGCGGGAGCACCGCCUCCGCGCAGGGGGCGGUCUUCACGAAGUUGACGCCCGGCGGGGGGACCUUCAAAGUCACCCCGGCCGCGGGCGCGCAGUGGCCGAAAGGGCAGGACGUCGCCGUGGAGUUCAGCUACGAGCCACAGAGCAUCGGGACGUUGACGGAGACGAUCGUGUUUAGCUCGCCGGUGGGUGGGGUGUUUACGUUUCCCGUCGUGGGCACCUGCACGCCGCCGCAGCGGCAAGGACCCGUCUUGUUGAAACCCGAUUCCACCACCUCCAUUAGUUUUAAAAACGUCUUUCCCCACUUCAUCACGAUCGGUAUCAUCACCGACCCGAGCCAGCACUUCGUUGUCAAUAAGAAGUCGGAUACGAUCGCGCCGAAAAAAACCACCAAUCUCGUCGUGCAGUGCAAGAUGGAAGAUAGCAUGGAUACGUGUUAUGGCAAGCUGAUCAUCUCCUGCACGCCCGCGGGUUCAACGGAGCCGAUUGAAUGGGUGUACUACCUCGAGGCGAAGCGCGCGGACGGCGUGAAUCUCAAUAGACGAUCCCUGGUGGUACGUAAAAAGUGA